AUGGCCGUGCACCCGAGUGGCCCUAUAACCUUAAACGCUCUUCUACACUACAACAGUCGUGAGUACACGCAGCAGCAACGGCGCUCAGAUUGAGACGCCUAUAGCUGUGCGAUCUGUUGAAAUCUGCACUUCUGCCCCCAGAUCGGAGAGUCUGCAGUUUGCUCAGCAGCACCCUCUAUUCCCCGACGUUGUUUGGGCAUCGUUGUGCGUUGCUGCAGGCACGACGUGCUACUUCCACUUUACGCACUCGCUGCACGCUGCAUCGCAUACAGGCCAGAGGCCGGCAUACAUUCCCAAUUUGCCCCUCCAUAUUGCGUAAGGUGACCGUGGACCGCAGAGCACAAGAAUCGAGGCGCACAUCGCACCAUUCGCUAUACAGAAAUCUCUCUCUCCCUUACACCAUCACAAUCACCGCUCUCGACCUCGUCGCAUGUCCCCCCUUUACGCUUCAGUCGACUCACCUACUGCAAACACGGGCGUGCAUUCGACACCACGCACAGCACAGCCUCCUGACUCACAACAGAUUUCGCCUCACGAUCGUCGAACGUUUGCAUCUUGGACGUGCUCUCGCUAGCGGCUCUGCUCCGGUGGAGGCGAGAGAAGUGUUGUCUCGUCUCAGAUGAAUGCGCCUCAGUCGUGAGUGUAGGGCUGUGAGCGAUGACUGAGCUGUUGAGGAUGGGGCAAUCUGUUCUCCCUGCGUGGACGCAAUGUAUGCGACUGCCGUGACCCACGAUGAGGGGACUCAUCUUCUGAUCUCUUUGGCGCCGCAGCAAUCCCAUUACGAUUUCAGAAGCUGCUCCUAUACCUCCGCCGCGUUCAGCUUCCAAGCCGCGCGGAUCAAGCGUAGCUGACAGGAAGAUGAACGAGAGCGCGAGGGCAAGUAAGCUCUCAAAAUUCUUUGGAGAGGCUCCACCGCCUUCUCUGGCUCGUGGCGGCUCGAGCGCAUCGCGAUCGGCAACGGCUCCACGAUCAGCCAGACCGCUCACAGGGGCGAGUCCCACCGACAAUGCUGCGGCACCGCAGCUCGAUCUACUAUUGCCAGGAUCGCAACUUAUUCGGUCUGGAAGCGCGACAAAUGUCCUGCUCGAAGGUCAAGGUACAUCGCACGGCGAUGCAACUGUAAGCCCGGGUGACCUGGGCUCCACCCAUGCGCACCAUGGUCCUGGCCUCUUUGCCGGCUUCGACGCGACGCCUUAUGGCGCGCGGAGCCCCAUUGCACCACCGGACGAGCGUCAGCAGCCCCAACUCAGGAAUUACCCGGAGGCUGGCCUUUCCGACCGCGCCUCUCUGGACAUCUUUCAAGAGCGCAGGCGCGGAAGUACAAGCAGUAUGGGUGCCGCUUCGUACACCACUGGCUUUCCCGCCCCUCCCAUGGGUGCGACGAACGGCCACUGGGCGGCGUCUCCUCCCCGACAGUCCACGAGCACAUCUCACCAAGGACCCGGCGGCUCAUUGACCGCCUUCUUUGACCACCUUGGAGGCGAGAUCGAGACGGUUGGUGCCUCCGUCAACAACAAUGCGCGACGACCUUCGCUACCGAACACUGGCACGCCGGGCUCCAUCGCGUCCAGCCGCCAAGCAACACCACAGUCCGCGCUUUCGCCCUCCAAAUCGAUCACUUUCCAGUCUCCGAAAGCUGCCAGACCUGGAUCGAUGGCCGGCUCGGAUCAUCAUUCGGCGUACAAAUUUGGCGACCUUGGCAGAAGCAGCAUGGGAUCCAGGAGGCCAUCAGUCGACGCGCAGAUCAUGUCCGCGACUUUCUCAUCGGCUUCCUUCGACCCUGAGCGGACAAUUGGUACGACGCCUUAUGAGCAUUCCUCCCUGGGUGCAAGCUCGAGCCGCGGAGAGCGAGCGCCGUGCGAUCCGACGUGCGCCCCAUUCCCUUGUGAAUACCGAGCUCUGAGGCGCUCCAUCUUGAUGGACGAGCCGGUCGCCAAGUACAGCUUGCCCAGGGGUAUGACGCUCGCGCGCAAGCGUGGCUGGCGAAGCAGGCAGCUGGUUCUCACCUCCAACGGACACCGUGUGGACCAGCGCGUCACUGUGGUUCCCUCUGCUUGGGGUGCGGACGGGUCGUCGACUUCGAUGACAACGAUCACGCCGUGCUUCGACUUCGAUGUGCCAUACGCUGAGGACCUCUCUUCGGCGCCUUUUGCAUGCUUGCACGUGUUCAAGCCCGAUGGAAUGAAGGAACAGCAGCGCUUCGUGCUGGCUCCCACAAGCUACGUGGCAGUGGCUGACAGUGCCAGGCGGUACGGCGGAGGCCGCCACUUGCUUAGAAUAGGCGGCGGCUCUGCCGUUUACCCCCAGGAGAUCGAGACUGCUCGGGGAUCAGUGCAGGGCGAAGAGUGGCUCGUGCAACUAGACUCGAUCGAGCAGCUGCUCAAGUGGCAACACACCAUCAGGGUGCGUACCCCUCUGUGUGAACCGAUCUAGCGCACCUGCCUCUCUGAUUUUACUCUUCUUGCACUUACCCGCAGGCACUCAUCGCAGCUCUUGCACACGCUGAGGGCGAGUUCAGGACAGGUCGACGUUACCCAAGAAGAGGGUCUGCAGCGGACAAUGGCCUAUCCUUGCGCUCUCCUGCGCCUGCUUCGCCAGUCUGGCCAGCCCCUGCGCGCAGCGCAGACGCCGGUGCACACGAGCAAGCGAGGAAGAGCGGCCUGGGCAUAGCGUGGUCGCCGCUUGAAAGCGACGCUGCGGGACGACGCGAGCACGCUAUUGCUCCUUCUAGGUCAUCCUUCUUUGCUGUCUCUGAAGCGCGACCAAGCGGAGAACGCUCUGUAACAGAGCGGCCUUCUGUGGGGACUCGCACAAGCGCAGCAGACCCAGAAUCUCCCAUCGAUCACGCAUUUCCCGCCGUACACAAAAGGCAACAGCCACAUUCUGUACUCCCUUCAAGAGAACCGCGAGAGGUUGUCAGACCCGUCAGCUCGACGGACCCCUUGCUUGACGAGAUGGAGACUCUCACCCAGGAGCUUUCAGUAGCAGAGAGCAAGCGCGAGCGUGCUCCUUUGAGCGAGGGCCGAGAAGGCGACGGUCAUUUCUCGGUGCAUGGCACAAACAUUGCGACGCUGCGGAGCUGGGCUAUGGUCAGCAGUGAUUCCAUCAACACGGAGCCGCUCGUCCACGGGCAUCACUCGAAUCCUCUAUCGGGCACCCACGAUCAGCACGACGACGAUCGCGCUUCGGUUACAUCGGAGCCGAUGGAAUGGACCAGCCAGAGCUAUGGACGCAAAGCGAGGUCGCGCACGACUUCAGUUUCCAGCACCAACUCGUCUCCAAUCUGCUUCUCUUACGCCCGAAGCGAUCUUCCUCCCCGUACGCCUGCCCCUCAGACCGCGCUUCCGCCGCCCCCCUCAGCGCAGACAAAGCAUGCGCCCAGCAUUCAAAUCGCCGUUCCUCCAUCUGCACGCAAAGCCGAAGGACAUUCGCCUACGCUGUCGGGCCCUGCUGCACUGCGCCAUCGACAGGCAUCGCAUGAGAGCACUGGGGCGAGCUCCCACACUUCCUCUGUUCGAAGUGAUUCAGGCUCCAACAUGGCCGCACGUACCUGGAAGAGCCGCCCAGGCAGCAUGAUGGACUCCUCCUGGAACAAGCUCAGUGAUGGGUAUAGCCCAACUGCCGCUUGGAACUUCAGCAACUCACCCAGCAGCUCUGUUGGCACUGUCUCCUCACCAUUGACACCCUUGUCGCCUACAGCGCCAAGCGACGCGCGAGACAGACACGCAGGGGUUUCGAUUCGCCACUCGCUUGAUGUUACUCCACACGCGUCGAGCAGCUUGGAGCGCAAGCAAGCGCUGCUCGCAGCUCUGGCACUAGAGCAGCGAGCUCAGAGCUCUUCCACGCCUGUCGGAAAUCGGGCUAUAACGCCAAACGAGCAGGUGGAAGAGAUUACGCCCGUAAGGGGAGAAAGGCGCGACCCAGAUACGCGAAACAAUGCGAAUCAAGCGACGAACGGCAGUAGAUUGUCACCGCGCUUGCGCAGCCAUAUAGACCCGCCUACGCCCUCAACGCCAGACGACAACUGGAAGUCCAGUCUCCCGCGCAAGCACACGCAACGAGGCAGCUUCUUCAACCUGUAUGAGUCAGAGGAUGAGCAAGAAGACGGCGGCAACAUGUCGAGUGAUGUGGAACAUAGCCAACGCAGUGGACUAGCUUCAUCUGACGAGGGCGUGCAGGCCGGCAGGGCAAGCCCAGCCAAGCCACUCGUUUUAGCGCCUCCUCCCCGUCGCAGAUCGAAGUCGACACAAGGCUCAACUCCGGCUCAGAGCCAUCGCCAUUCCCAAUCCGAUGGCAACCCAUACGCAAGCGUUGCUAGCCGAAUUGAUGCUGAUGGCGCUGCACCAUCGCGAUCUGAAAGCCAUCAUAGUCUCUGCGGCGGAUCAGGCGAAGCCAAGGCCAGGCAAAGUGGCGUUUCCGGGAGCGCGCAGGGCGCUGCGGGUGGGGUACUGCCUUACUCGCCUCCAACGCCUUUGAGCAACUCGCCCAUUUCCAAUCGACAAUCGGCUCAUGUAUUUCAAAAUCAGCAAGCUACCUGGGCGGCGUCGAACGCAGCCUCGCAACAUUCUGCGUCGGCCAGCGGGCUCAGUCGAGGACCGUCGACGCACCGCUCUUCGCGCGAGAGCCUCAUGUUGGCGGCUGCUGCAGCCGCAGGACAGAGCCCGAUCGACGCUAAAGGGGGCAAGUCUCCGCAUCCUUCCGUGCACGCAUCGCGUGUCCUGUCCAGUGCAGAUCUGCUUUCAGAAUUCCCUUCCCCGCCGCCCUCUAUGCCGACACCACCAUCUAGGUCUCCGGUGCGCCGAGGAGGCGCAUCCUCAGCCCCGAGCACGUGGAGACUGCCACCUGCAGCUUUGCCAGAGGUCUCUCCUGCUGCAUCGGCUCAACACUCCUUCAUGAAUGUCCAGACCACUCCUUCUUCUCGAUCCAGACCCACUUCGCCCAAACGGCAACGGCAACCGGCCACACCCACUCAUAGUCCGCAGCACGAACGCGCAACCAUCGGAUUGGCCAUGUAG